UGUUAAACUGUUGUGUGAUGACGUUGGUUUAGUUCUUUUAUUUUUUAGUAUCGUGUGUUGUAAGUGCAAGAAUGAACAUGAGGAUGUUUAUGACAUGUGUUGUGCUAAUUGUCUUUUUUGCCAACACUGUAACGGCCGAAGCUGAUUUACAAGAACAAAACGAAAACCAAUAUAUAAAUCCAGUCAACGAUUACGAACAUGAGCAUCCGACAAAAGAUCAAGAUAAAAGAACCAUUUUUCCGAGUCACCAUGGAUGGGCAAAACACGUCGGUAUUCACCCAUCUGGGUUUAAAUACGUCAUCGGUUAUGGACCCGUUGACUUGAAAUACGUCCCGGUGGUCAAACCUGUCAGUAUUAAAGUCCAUCCUCACCACCAUCACCAUCAUCACAAAGUUCAUAUAAAACGUCCUGUGGUACUUAGACCACUGCUUCCUGUACGACCUGUGAUUCACCAAACCGGUUGGAAACCGGCCGUUCCUGUGCAUGUUAAACCUGUUCAUCACGUUAAACCCGUACACGUUAAACCUGUUCAUGUUCACCACGACCACGUUAAACCUGUUCAUGUUCACCACGACCAUGUUAAACCUGCUCAUGUUCACCACGACCAUGUUAAACCUGUUCAUGUUCAUCCUGUGCAUGUUCAUCACGAUCAUGUAAAACCUGUUCAUGUUCAUCCAGUUCAUGUUCCGGUUAAACCAGUAGUUCCGAUAGUACCAUCAAAACCUUUGAUUCCUGUUGCACAACCCGUACCCUGGGUUCCAGUUGCUCCCGCUGUCAAACCUUUACAUCCGGUUCCGGUGGUACCACCCUCUGUUUUUCCUAUAAUUCCCACGGGUCCUGGAGGAGUACCAUUAUACAAUCCUGCCAUAAUUGGACAAUACGCACCUGGGGCUUUUGUGCACCACCACCAUCAAGUUUUUGUCCCUCAAUCGGUGGUACCAGUACAUGCACACCCUGCACAUAUUCACCCCCAACUACCGCACAUACACCCUCAUGAACAACACGGUGGAGUACCAAUCCAUGCAUACCCUGCACAUAUUCACCCCCAACCACCGCACAUACACCAUUUAGUACAACAUGAGCAACAUGCCGGGGUACCAAUCCACACACAUCCUGCACAUAUUCACCCCCAAGUGCCCCAUGAACAACACGACGUACAAACUCCUUUACUUCCCAACGACCAUCCCAUUUUCCACCAACAUCCCCAAAUUUUACCCCAUGCCCAUAUCCCUGAAUUUUUCCGUCAGCACGUUCCUGUCCAACAUUUACACCCAGAACAACAUCCUGAAGUUUUCCACCAACCGGAAGUUCCGGUUCAAAAUCCUGCCAUUUUUCAACAACAGUUACCCCAUGAUCCCAACUCUGUAUAUCAUCGCCACCCUGAUCCACCAUUACCACAACAUGCCCCAACCCUAUUCAACCAACAAAUAAACGGGGACGUGCAGCACCAUUUUAGUCAAAAUAUUCAACAUGGGGAUUCUGCUACUUCCAGUAUUAUUUUGCAAGGGGCGAUUCAACCGGGACACACAGACGUCCAAAUUCCUUUACAUUUGCCCCAUCAUCCCAAUUAUGUGCCGGAUGAAGGAAGACAAUUUCUUCCGGGAAAUUUUCAUGAUCCCUCACAACAUCCGGAAAUUGUGGCACCGAAUAUUUCACUGGAACCGCCAUUUACAAACAAGAAAUAGGAUUGUUUUAUUAUGAUUUAGUAUUUAUUUUUGUAAAAUGUAAAUAAUUAUUAUGACACGAAGUUAUCGAGCACCGAGUCUGGAAAUACUGAGAGUAUUAUUUCAUACUCUUCUGAAUCUCUCAUAUCUUACCAAAUAUAUUCUUUUAUACUCUUGUUUUUUUUUCAAUGUACAAAUGUAGAAUGUAUUUUUGUAAAUAAUCACUUCAGGAAUGCAGUCAAUAAAUCUGUGAUUAAUGAUU